AUGACGUGAGUGGGGACGAGGGGUGGGCAGCACACGCGGGGGGGUCGCACUCGGCGAUCAGCCCAUUGGUCGAGAAAGCUCUUCGAAAUUUGCUCCGAGUCUUUGCCGCUGAAGGGUUCAUGGCUUUGUUCGUUACCUCUCGUGCGAAAUCACAACAAAACGCUCCAGGUAGACCUCCACGAAUGUGUGCGAGGAGUUGCUGCCGUUUACGCAGUCGCUUGAGACCUCGUUUCAGGCUCUGUGGACAACUCUUGAGGAAGCCGCGGAGCUGACGUCAUGCGAGAACAUCAACGGCUUUUAUCAAAGGGUCGUAUUCGAAGAGAUUUGCGAUGACGUGCCGGAGGGGCUGCUGAACUAUUGGGUGUCAUGCUGCUUGCUCGCCGUCCUGCUCCUCGUCCUGGUGGUCCAAUGGAAAUAUCUGAUCAACAGCAAAAGUGCGGACAAGGACGCCGAGGUUGUCGAGGCGAACGACGGCGGUGGGCUGAUCGGCUCCCCAAACUCACAGCCCCCUGUUGAUCCCGCGGGUGGCCUUCCGGCUAGGCCAUGCUAGUUCCAAUACAGAGAGCAAUGCGCGAACAAGCAGAGGGAGCCACGGGGCCCAUCAACCUUUUGAUACUGAACCUUUUGUGUUUUAGUUUAUUUCGUGGGUAGAGGGAAACGGCCCAGCAAAUACCGCGCGCGACGAGACCGACUGCCCGGGCCUGGUCGAGUACGGCCCGGACGGGUGCGGCCAGAUCGUUCCGAUGUGGGAACUGUAAGGGCUUGAGUAUAUGGAACUAGGGUUAAGGAUUGGCCCCCCGCCCCCCAAUGGGGCUGGGGGCCAACAUCCAGGACCGAUGGUGGUGAGUGUCCGGGAGGAAGGGAAGAAGAAGAAGGAGGGGAAAAGGAUUUGUAGCGGCGGGAAGAAGGGACGGUGUUGGGAGAGGCAAGGAAGUGGUGAAGAAUCUCGACACUCGACGAGCGCGCGGUCCCGUCGGAGCUGA